GGAAAUACCAAACGCUGUGGCUAACAAAGAUAACCAGAACCAGAGCCAGCAGAGUUGGAGUGGCCUCUCUCUCUCUCUCUCUGUCUCUCUCUCUGCUGUGGAGUGUGGAGAGAAUUAUGGUGUCCACUUCCCCAUCUAUAACCUCUUCAUCUCCUUCAUUUCCUUCGAGCUCGAGCAGUAACUCCUCGCCCACAUACGCUUGCAUCAGAAUCAGACCGUUCAAUCACUCAAAGCACCAUCUUUUUCGAUUUCGGCGAACACCCAGGUUGGCUCUGAAACUGUGCGCUUCAGCUUCGAAGCAGUCGAUCGAGGAUGGUUCGGCUGACAAGUUCUUGGAGAACAAUUCGAUAGCCGACUUCAUGAGGUUCAAGAGAGGGAGUCGUAAGGGCAAUGGAGAGCUGCAGACUGCCGUUGUCAGCUACCGAAAGACGUUCCCUUGGUCUCUUCUCUGGCCUUUUCUUCAGGUUGAUUUGGUAUCAACAAUUCAUAUCGCUGAUAAAGAGUACUUUUCCACCCUCCAGAGAGAACUUGAGCCCUAUGAUUGUGUGCUUUAUGAGAUGGUGGCUAGCAGAGAGAGUUUGGAGAACAGAAGAAGCCCUGUAGCCACAAAGAGACUUAAGAGUUCACGUGUACGAGGAUUUAACAUUUUGGGAUGCAUCCAACGACAGAUGGCGCGGAUUCUAAUGCUUGAUUUCCAGUUGGAUUGUCUUGAUUAUCAAGCUGAGAAUUGGUACCACGCGGAUCUUGACUUUGAGACCUUCAAGUUACUUCAGCUUGAAAAAGGCGAAAGCUUUUUCACCUUCGCGAGAGAUAUGACCCUUAGAUCGACAAAAGCUAUGAUCCAACCCGCUUCAUUUCCCGAAGAUCUUGGUCCCUGGAGAUCGAAGCUCCUUUGGGCUUCGAGGGUGCUACCGAUGCCACUUGUUGGUCUUCUCAUCAUCGGAAGUGUCUGUGCAGACGUCGGAAGUCAGGCAUCAGAAUAUCCAGAACUAGAAGCUUUGUCGAGACUUGACUUGGGUGCUGCAAUGAAGGUUUUCUUGGCAAGGCGGCUGACAUCUGAGUUCACGCAAGUGACGGUAGACGUGGAGGAAAAGUCUGUCAUCAUCGGCGAGAGAAACAAAGCGGCGAUCGAGGCGCUAAGAAGGGCGAUCGAAGACGGGCACGGAAGAAUCGCAAUACUCUACGGGGGUGGUCACAUGCCAGACUUGGGGAGGCGGCUGAGAGAAGAAUUUGACCUAAUUCCAACUCAAGUGCAAUGGAUAACUGCCUGGUCCAUAAUGAACCGAGAAAUAGAGAACAGCCAGAUUCCAUUCUUGAAGACCAUGGCUGAAGUCUCGGGAUGGCCUUUGAACCGGUAUCAAACCCUGGCUCUACUGAUAUUUUCCUCGGUUCUUGCCGUAGAUCUGUGGUUCUGGGAGCUGUUCUUUGGCACCACAGUUAGCUGGAUUUCAGAUGCUGCCACAGAGCUUUCUCAGUACAUUGACAGUUUACAGGUAAUGUAGAUACGAGUACUGGGAAUCAAUUUGAUCAAGCUGAAUUGAUCAGAAUGGCAGGAUUUGGCGAAUGCCAUUUGCCCAUGUAAAUACAUUGCGCUUCUGUGAUCGAACACUAUUGUUUUUGCAAAGGGCAAACACAGAUAAAAUUUGAUGGGUUUCCAGCCA